AUGUCUGACAGAAUCCCAUCGUGGAAUGUCGUCCACAAAUUGGAGAAGCGACAGCUUCUUAUCGCAAUCAACUGUAUCGCCGCUUUGUCGAUUCUUUUCUUCGGAUAUGACCAAGGAAUGAUGUCGGGCGUGAACAACGCUGAGGACUAUGUCAAACUGAUGAAAUUUGGGUACACAAAAAUGGAAGAUGGCGAGGCGACCGUCGUGGUUACUAAUUCCUUGCUACAAGGUGGAAUUGUGGCCGUGUAUUACUUGGGAACACUAUUUGGUGGUUUGUUCGGUGGCUGGUUGGGAGAUCGGAUGGGCAGAAUCAAGUCUAUUGCAGCUGGUGCUGUUUGGGCGAUCGUGGGUGCGAGCCUGCAGUGCUCGGCCCAAAACCAUGAUUGGAUGAUUUGUGCGCGUUUUGUCAACGGAAUCGGCACCGGUAUUUUAAACGCUAUCGUCCCUGUCUGGGCUACGGAGACGGCCGAGCAUACUUCGAGAGGACAAUUUAUUGCGAUUGAGUUUACUCUAAAUAUCUUCGGCGUAGUUCUCGCCUAUUGGUUGGAGUUUGGCCUGUCAUUCAUUGAUGAAGGACGGUCUCCUUUCCGCUGGAGAUUCCCCAUCGGUUUCCAAAUCAUAUUCCUCUUGGUGCUUUUCUGUGCCGUCUGGUUCUUCCCUGAGUCCCCUCGCUGGCUGGUCAAAGUCGGUCGAGAGGAAGAAGCUCGGUACAUUCUCCAGCGGCUUCGUGGAAGUAGCUCCGAGGACCGCGUUCGCGCCGAGGCCGAAUUCCUCGACAUUCAGGCCAUCGCAGAAAUGGAGAAGACAGUGGUUCACGGCAACUCGUACCUUUCGAUGCUUUUCGGUUAUAAAUCUGGUGAUUUACACAUCGGUCGCCGCGUCCAACUCGUCAUCUGGCUUCAGAUCAUGCAAGAAUGGGUUGGUAUCGCAGGUGUGACUGUCUAUGCUCCAACAAUCUUCAGCAUCGCAGGAUUUGACUCGACAAAGAGUCAGUGGAUUAGUGGUUUGAACAAUGUCUUCUACAUGUUUGCUACACUUGUCUGUGUCUUCACUUUGGACCGUAUCGGUCGCCGAUGGACCCUGUACUGGGGCUCGGUCGUUCAAGGCAUUGCGAUGUUCUUGGCCGGUGGUUUCUCCCGCCUCGCCAUCAACGCCAAGGCAGCCGGUGAUGCGGGCAGCGCAUCCUCAUAUGGCGCAGCUGCAGCUUCGAUGAUCUUUAUUUUCACAUCGACUUUUGGAGCGACCUGGUUAACAGUGCCUUGGCUUUACCCUGCUGAGAUUUUCCCCUUAGCUGUGCGUGCUCGCGGAAACGCCUGGGGAGUCGUUGGCUGGAGUAUUGGAAACGGAUGGCUGACUCUUCUGUGUCCUGUAAUGUUCAGUGCUAUCGGCGAGAAGACGCUUUACGUUUUUGCCGCGAGUAACGUCAUCACCAUCCCAAUGGUUUGGGCUCUGUACCCCGAGAGUAACCAACGUACACUGGAAGAUAUGGACCUGUUGUUUGCGGCUAAGACACCAUGGACCUGGGACGCGGAGAAGACCUUUGCUCGUUUGAAGGCCGAGAAUCCGGGCAUGGUCUCAGCGGUUAGUCGCAAGGGCAGUGUAGACCCGGAGACAGGAAAGGUGUUGCUUGCCGCACCAAAGGUUCCAAAGCAACCAAAGCAAUCCAAGCUACUGCAUAUAAACUUGAUUUCGAACACCACCCAAGUUAUUCCCUACUGGAAGCUCACAGCCGAAGCUAAGGCCACAAUGACGAGCACUACAAUAAUAACCCCGGAGGCCCCAGGCACAACAACCCCACAGUCCAAAGACCACCAAACAAAUCCACUAAAAACUAAAACCACAUCCAAAACCAACCUUGAAACCCAAAAGUAUCUCCGCCGCAUAUCCCUCCACCCGACCUUGACUCCCUACCGCCGCCGCGUCUACCGCGUCCUACUCUCCGUCCCUGCCGGGCGCUGGACCACCUACUCCGCCAUGGCAACAUAUCUCAACUCUAGCGCGCGAGCGGUAGGAAAUGCCAUGCGCACGAACCCGUUUGCACCAGAGGUACCCUGUCAUCGUGUUCUUGCGGCCGGGGGGAGCUUGGGUGGGUAUAAGGGGGAGGGGAUGGCUGUCAAGCAUGUUAGUGAUGGGUCUUUUCGGGAUGAAAAGAGGACAAGGUUGAAGGACGAGGGUGUUGUGUUUGAUGAUGCGGGGAAGGCGAGGGGGAUUUGUUUUACGGAUUUUGAGGACUUGAGUGGAAAAAAGUGA